UCGGAUAGAUAGCGUCGGGCCGUCGGUGGUGAUUCUGAUUGUGUGGUGCUCAGCUGAAUGAACAAACCCAGCCUACCACCCCCACGUGAGGGCUGAGGAGAAGAAAUGGCCUCUGCCGCCGCCGCUGCUGCUAGUGCUACCACCAGCACCAAUAAGACGAUGCUGCGCGUCCUCAUCUUCCCCUUCUUCGCCACCAGCCACAUCGAGCCCUUCACUGAACUCGCCGUCCGCCUCGUCGCCGCUGGACCUGCAGUGGAGGCCACCGUCGCCGUCACGCCGGCCAACGUCCCGGUCGUCCAGUCCUUGCUCCGGCGACGUGGGCAACCCGAGCAUGUCAAGAUAGCCACCUACCCGUUCCCGGCCGUGGACGGACUCCCGGAGGGCGUGGAGAACCUCAGCAGGGCCACGGAGGCCGACGCGUGGCGCAUCGACGCCGCUGCCCUGAGCGAGCAUCUGACGCGCCCGGCGCAGGAGGCGCUCGCCAGGGCGCAGUCUCCGGACGCGGUCGUCACCGACGUGCACUUCGCCUGGAACGUCCGCGUCGCCGGCGAGCUCGGCGUGCCGUGCGUCGCCUUCAGCGCCAUCGGCGCCUUCUCGACGCUCGCCCUGCACCACCUCGAGCGGGAGGACGUCGACAAUGGUGAUGUGGACGUCGCCACGGUCCCCCAGUUUCCGGGCCCUAGUAUCCGGGUACCCAGGGCCGAGCUGCCGGAGUUCCUGAGGGGCCGUGGUCGGUACUCCAUGAUCAGCAAGAUUGUUCCGGUGGAGGACUGCUUCUGCCAGGCCAUGAACACCUCGUUAGAGCUGGAGCGGCAGUACUGCGAGAUGUACAUGCUCCAUGGCUACGCGAAGCGCGCCUACUUCGUCGGCCCUCUCUUCUCGUCGUCCUCACCAUCCCAUUCCCCGGCCGGCGGCGUGGACGACCAACAGUCACCGUGCAUCGGCUGGCUGGACUCGAAGCCGGGCCGUUCGGUGGUGUACCUGUGCUUCGGCAGCCUGACCCACGUCUCCGACGCUCAGCUGCACCAGCUCGCUCUGGGGCUGGAGGCCGCCGGGAAGCCGUUCCUGUGGGUGGUGAGGGACACCGGGAACUGGACACCGCCGGAGGGGUGGUCCGAGCGUGUGGGAGACCGAGGGCUCCUCGUCACGGCGUGGGCCCCGCAGACGGCGAUACUGGGGCACCCGGCGGUUGGCGCGUUCGUGACGCACUGUGGGUGGAACUCCGUCCUGGAGACGGUGAUGGCGGGGGUGCCAGUGCUGACGUGGCCCAUGGUGUUCGAGCAGUUCAUCACCGAGAGGUUGGUGACGGAGGUGCUGGGCAUUGGGGAGCGCUUGUGGCCGUGCGGCGCCGGCCUGCGGAGCACCAGGCAUGAGGAGCACGAGGUGGUCCCCGCCGGAGACGUGGCACGUGCGGUGACGGCGUUCAUGCUCCCUGGAGGGGCAGGGGACGCGGCGAGGAGCAGGGUGAUGGACCUCGCCGCCAAGUGUCGUGCCGCCGUUGCGGAAGGGGGCUCCUCCCACCGUGAUCUGCGUCGUCUCGUCGAUGAUCUCAUGGAAGCAAGAGCCAAGAAGAACUGCCUUGCUUAAUUAAUUAGUCGGCUGUGUGCAUUAAUCAAUGUAGAUGUCGGGAGUUAUCCUUCUUGAAAAUGGCCUCUUGGCCAUGUUCAUGUGCUAAAUACUCUUAUGUUUUGAUGA